CUAUGAACUGGCGAACGGAACAUGCUACGAACUGACCGCGGUCUGUGACGGUGUUGAAUAUACUACUGGAGAGAAAUAUAUUCUGUCUCAUUAGUUGUGAAAAAAGGAUCUAUGUUUCUUAAAGCUAAGAACAACGUGUAGAUUCACCAACAGGAUAAAGGAAAACAAAUUACUACAAAUCGAGUACGACGAACGUCAUCCUAUUCCAUCAAGUGAUAAUGACCACCUAUUCCGACAAAGGUCCAAAACCGAACGGCGGCAAAUUUUUAUGUUUUGAUCAUCUCUCCUUCUACGUUGGUAAUGCCAAACAAGCGGCUAGCUACUACACCACCCGAAUGGGUUUUGCUGAACUGGCGUACCAAGGACUGGAGACUGGUAACCGAAAACUUGCAAAACAUGUAGUUCGGCAAAACAAAAUCACCUUUGUAUUCAUCUCGGCAUAUGAACCGGAAAACACCGAGCUAGGAGCUCAUCUGGUUCGUCACGGUGAUGGUGUGAAGGAUGUAGCUUUCGAAGUCGAAGAUCUGGAUGUGAUUAUAAAGCGUGCUAAGGAACGAGGUGCCACCAUGGUGCGAGAUAUUUGGGAAGAGAGUGACGAAUUCGGAAAGGUUCGAUUUGCAACCGUCAAAACCUAUGGAGAUACUCAGCAUACGUUUGUGGAGCGAAAAAAUUACCGUGGAGUGUUUCUGCCAGGAUACAAAGCUCCACUUUAUGAUGAUGCAUUAGGAAAAAUACUAUCACCAACUAAUUUGGACUUUGUUGAUCACGUGGUCGGGAAUCAACCUGAUUUACAAAUGGAAUCAACCGCUGCGUGGUACGAAAAAGUUCUGAUGUUCCACCGAUUCUGGUCUGUAGAUGAUAGUCAGAUUCACACCGAAUAUUCCGCACUACGAUCAAUCGUGAUGACCAACUACGAAGAGACUGUCAAAAUGCCUAUCAACGAACCAGCUAAAGGUAAGAAGAAAUCUCAAAUUGAAGAGUACGUGGAUUACUAUGGCGGGGCUGGAGUUCAGCAUAUCGCCUUGAACACUAGCAAUAUAAUAUUAGCCAUCCAAAAUCUUCGCGCAAGAGGCAUGCAUUUCCUCUCUGUGCCGGACACUUAUUACGACCAGCUGCGAAAACGACUAGCAUUGAGCAAUAUUAAGAUCAUUGAGGAUAUGAAUGUUCUACAGAAAUUGAACAUUCUGAUCGAUUAUGACGAAAACGGAUAUUUACUGCAAAUCUUCACCAAAAAUAUGCAGGAUCGACCAACACUGUUCUUGGAAGUUAUCCAGAGACGCAAUCAUAAUGGAUUUGGCGCCGGUAACUUCAAAGCAUUAUUCGAAGCAAUCGAAGCUGAUCAAGAGAAACGAGGAAAUUUGUAAUGCAAGCACUGGUCGAAACCAUAAAGCAUCAAAUUUACAUAUGCUGGAACAUACGGUAUUUUUAAUUCGAACCGCGAAUCUCUAACCUGUUGAAAUUAAUUUAGAAUAAAUAAACCGCUCUUGAUUAUAA